CAGGUCAGACGACCGACACCGGAAGAAGACUCCACUAGUUUCUGAAGAGUCAAAACAUCGGUAGCAGUUAGGAAGUGACACAUAUUUUACCUCGAAUAGCCGCUCUUGUAGACUCUGUUGUCUCAGUAACAGAUUGUUUGUCAGAAGGAGAGGACGGAGGAUCCAUCUUGAAGAAAAUUUUUCGAUUUGCAGCUAUGGCAGAAGGCACAAAUGAGGGAUUGUCCAUAUUGGACCGAAUAAAGCAAUUUGACAGCAGCUCCCAACCAACUCAGCCUGUCAGUCAAGUCAAACCCAAGAAACCGUCCCUCAAGAAAAGGCCUGGACAAAAACCUCAUGUUGUUUCUUCUCAUGGCCACAUUGCCAAGUUCAAACCACCGCCACUGACCAGGAAAAUUUCUUCAAACAGACUAGUCGUGGCGGAGAAUGGUAUUACUUCACCCAAGUCGAAGAGUGCAGAGCUUUCCUCCCGUUUACCUAACAGUCCUACGAAACCCAAACAGCUGAAUAAACCAGCACUGAAACCACCUGUUGCCAAUAGGAACAAACCAGUAAAGCCCAUGCGAUCUUUUGACGACAAUUCUAAACCAUCUCCGCCUAAGACUAAACCCGUUGUUGCAACCAGGAACAAGGUAAACGAUGGUAAGAAAAGCAUAGAAAAUUCUCAUGUAGAAGCUAGUGAGUCUACUGGCAGCAUUUCAGCCCUUGCCAAAAAGUUUGAAGUCAGUGUUUCGACAAGUGCGGAGAGUGCACACACUAAUGGAUUACGGCAAACAAAGCCAAAGGUUGUUCAAAGGCAAGUCGCUAAAGAGUUGGCUGAUGAUAAACUUGAGGAGUCAACGCCAAAAUCGGUGGCUCAGAGAUGGAAGAAAUUUGAACAGUCCUCAGGUGCCGGCAGUACAAGCAGCCCAGAAGUGUCCAGGACUCCUGAAAAAGUUCAGGUGAAGAAGUUACCAUCUGCUGUCACUUCUACAUCUGGAACAACUGCAAAAGGUGAAGUGGCACAACCUGAAGUCCCUGUUCCCAAGAGCUUCCUUCACCAGAACAGACCAAGCAGGAAGAAUAGAUCUGGCAGUAGGAAGUCUCCCUCAGUCAAGACACGACCACUGUUGCCAUCAGACGGAAGGGACAAGAUAACAGCUGUGACUGUGGAAGAGGAAGAUUGGGAUGAUGAGGAGUAUGAAGAUGUGCUGUUACCCCCAAGAAAGGAACCUUCUGAGGGGAAAGCCCAAGAUUCAGACUCCUGGGAGACAGAUGAUGACGACGAUCAUGAAUAUCAUGAUAUCUACGAGUCCAUCGCAUUUUCUCCUCCAAACGCUGACACCAACAGGCUUUCAAAAAGUACAGCCAUACCAAAACCUACUUUACCACCACCUCCAGUUCCUUCUAAACCUGUUCGGAAUAGACUGGCUAGAAACUCAGCUGAGUUAGAAGUUGUGCUACCAGGAGGUAUUAAUUCCAUUCCCAAACCACCAAGAACAACUGGGAAAAAUGGCAACUCUUCUCCAAACCCUCCUGAUAGGGUAACCAGCUUGGCAGCUCAGGAAGAGGCAGCAAAUACAACUAAAACACUCCCUACUGCCAUCCCCAGGAACAUACCAAAUGCCAAAGCGGACGUAGAAAGAGCAAGAAAGAAGAAAACUCUGCCCGCUGUACUAGUGGACAAGGUAGAGGGAAACUCGGGGCAAGCAAAAGGGUUGGGGAAAUACACGGGAGUAAAGUCCUUUCUACACAACAUGCUGGCUAAGUCAAAGUCAGGAAGUGAUCUCACAGUAGAACAAUCUCUAAACCCCUCAUCGUGUCCAGACACCCUUUCUCCCCUUGCUGCUAGGGCUUUGGACGGAAGAAACUGGAAGUCAUUAGAGAAGCUUGGUGGGGAAAGAGAGGAGUAUGAACCCAUGGCAUCUAGCAAAAACUCUGUGGGUGUCCCAAACUUAGCCCGCCACGAUGACAGACCACCAGCCACAUUGCCCAGAAGAGAUUUGACAGAGCAACAGUGGCCUUCCAUGGAAGACAGUACGUACAUGUGCACAGAGUAUCUGGACAUCGUAGAGUUUCCAGACAACACUGGGGAUGAUGAUGAUGAUGACCUUUAUAUCCUGCCAGACAACGCUGAUGAGGAUGAAGUUUAUGAGGAUGUUCUUGUGUCGAGAGGAGCCAAAGACAAAGACAUGCCUGAUCCACUACCGGGUGUGUACAUGGACUUUGAUGAAGUUCCCACUGUCCAGAAGUCAAAUGUGCAGGUGGAAGGCAGUGGGUACGAGACUCCCAUGUUUCCUGGGGGAGAAAUGCCAGCCUUUCUAACUCCUAUCAAUCAAAGAGUGGAGCAGUCACACAGUGAUAGUCCUGGAGCAGACCUGAGGGUGGACUAUGUUACCAACAAUAGACAGAGCAGAUUUUUCCAUGAGCCCCUGUACCAGGUGUAUCGAGCACAGAACUCUGCAAGAAGCAUCAGGAGCAACCGUUCUGAUGCCAUCACAGAGGAGGAGCUAGAUGAUGUGCAGGAAGAGGAGGAGGAGCAGGAUUAUGAAGACGUCCCCUCCAUGUCUGCUAGUGAAGCUUCCCUCAAGAGAACCAUGUGGAAAGACCUUCCUGAGGUGAGAACCAGUGGGGUCCUGAGUACCCUCAGCCCAGAUGAGAUGAAGCUGCAGGAGGCCCUGUUCGAGGUGGUGACAUCAGAGGCGUCUUAUCUGCGCAGUUUGAACAUCCUGGUGGACCACUUCAUGCCUGGACUCAUCCGACCUCUCACCAGGACAGAGAGAACUCAUCUGUUUUCUAACUGUAAGGAAGUCAGGGACCAGAGUGAGAGACUGUUGCUUGCGAUGGAAUCCCAUCUCAGCAAAGACAUCCGCCUGUCCAAGGUUCCAGACCUGGUUCUCAACCAUGCCAGGAGUUACUUUGAGGAGUACAUCAAGUACUGCAGGAACCUGGUGUACCAGGAGAGAGUUCUACGCAGACUCACGACAGAGAAUUCAGGCUUUCACAGUAUGCUACAGAAGCUGGAGGUAGACAGGAUGUGUGCAGGACUGGACCUGCAGUCUUUCCUCAUCCUCCCUAUGCAGCGCAUUUCUCGGAUGCCCCUGCUCUUUGACGCUAUCAUCCAGAGAGCUGAAGCUGGGACAUCACUUUACAACUCUGCAUACAGAGCAUACAAGUUUCUCAACAAGACACUAAAAGCUUGUAAUGAGGAAGCCAGAAUAAUGGCCAAGACAGAGGAGAUGGUUCUCCUUCAGAAACAGUUCACCUUCAAACCAGGAGUCAAGGAAAUUGCAGUGGUGUCAGGGAAAAGGUACCUGGUCAAGAAAGGAGAGCUCAAUCAGAUCACACAGGAGAAGAAGAAAUACCUGAGACAACCACUACACCUGUUCCUCUUCACUGAUCUUCUUCUUAUCACAAAGAAGAAAAGUGAUACACUGUACACCAUCAUUGACUAUGCUGAAAGGAGUUUUGUGGAGGCCAAAGAUAAGGAGGAUCCUGACUUUGCCCUGGCGGGGACCAAACUAACGGCAACUCAGAAGAUCCGCAGGUUUACAGGCACACUGACCAUCCCUCCUGUGGAGUCUCUCUUCACAAUGGAGCUGUUUGAAAACCAUGAGGGAAAACAUGUGAUGAUAGACCUGGCAACAAGUUUAAGUGAGAGGACAAGGUGGGUGGAGGCCAUCAUGCCACCAAAGUCAGAUGUGUCAGGAGAAACCAUUUAUGAGGAGUGGGACUGUCCACAAGUCCAGGUGAUCCAUCCCUACCAGGCCCAGCAACCAGAUGAGUUGGAACUGGAGCGCUCUGACAUCAUCAAUGUCAGCAGGAAGAUGGCUGAUGGUUGGUACGAGGGAGAGAGGAUCAGAGACGGUGAAAAGGGCUGGUUCCCUUCUAGCUACACUGAAGAAAUCGAGAAUUCUCAUGCCCGCGCCCGCAACCUUAAGUACAGGGCUAGGAGACAGCUGUCACUUGGGGAAGCAUAGUCAAAAAGUAACGCAUCAAGGACCUACUACCAUCUUAAUUUGUAUAUACAGUUUGGGGAUAAAAAUUUAA